GUUCAAGCUCGCGGGCUGGAAAGUGCUGGACGGACUGAUGUGGGUGGAAUUCCGCAAGGACCCCAGGGAAGCGGUCAUCUCGGUGGCGGCGGAGGCAAUCCUGGCGGACUACCCCAGCCUCCUGAAGUUAUCGGUGGUUAUCCUCCAGUACCGAACCCUGCCCCUGAUGCCCAUGAACGUGAAAGUGGAGCUCGAGGGUGUUCGCUUGGUAUUCGCCAAGGCCUCGGAGUAUCUGGCGGUGAUCCACUUGGUGUACGUGCGGGGCAUGAAGGUACAACCACCGGCCACGCAGACAUCGGAAGCAGUGGAGCCAAUCUCCCCAAUGAGCCAGGAUCCUCUAGGAGUCUUGAUGCAAGGCAUGACGCAGCUGCAAACGGCAAUGUCUCAGACGUUGUCCCUUAAGUCAAAGGACAUUGAGGUUGUGAAGCCUGGCUUGACCGAGUUGCCCCGACUGCAGGACCUCAGCAAGAACUCCGCCAUCGACUUUGGCGACUGGUUGCAUGGGCUGCAGAACCACAUGGGUGACCUCAGUAACUCAAGCAGCCAAUGGUGGAACGAGGUUUUAGCUUGUCUGUCGAGGUUUUAUUCUGCUUACCUGGAUGCCUCACAUGUUGGCAAGUUGGUGCUGAAGGCUGAGGACUACGAAACUUCUGUUUUGCGUGAAGAACGAUGGACCCGAGUUGAUAAGCGGGCCUCUGCUAUGAUCUUGGCCAGCCUGCCGGAGAACGUGAGGGCGGAGCUCCUUUCAAGCCGUGUGGUUGGAACCUUGGCUACGCUAUGCAGGGUGGUGAUUCUUUACAGACCAGGUUCUGUUGCAGAGCGCCAACAAAUUCUUCGGGCGCUAGAGUCACCGAACACAGCAGCAACGGCCGCCGAUGCUGUGCAGGAGCUCCGGCGGUGGGCCCGCUGGGUCGCUCGUGCGACGGAUAUCGGGAUUCAAUGCCCGGACCCAAGCGUGAUGAUCAAGGGCCUUGACCUGAUCGUGAAGAAGAUUUUGGGUGACCAUGCAGACAUCAGUUUCAGGGUGUCUAUGCUGAGGUAUACUUUGGAAGUGGACACACGCCCGACACUUCAAGGGGCGAAGAGUCUGCAGCAGGCACUCCUUUCUGAGUUGGAGCAGGUGGCCUACAGUGGACGACAAGGUGGAACGGCAGCUCCUGCGGUGAAGGCCAUUGCGACAGGCAAAGGCCAAGACGCCUUGCAAGUUUUAUCUUUCGGACAAAGGGUGCAGCCGUGGAGCUUCGUGUACCUACUCCCACGAUUUCACGAGAAAGGCGGUGAUGGACGCUCCUACUACGUCUUCGGCUUGCACAGGACCGGCGUCUACGACCUCUUCCUCGCCGAAAUCAAGAGCCUGUUGCAGGAAGCCAGCGCGAUGCUCAAGGAGAUCCGGCAGCUCAAGACAAUGUCGUUGACGAUCACCCAGGUUCAGAACCGAGCGGUGGGUGUGGGUUGCAGCCCGAGCACGGGCCGUACAGGACUCCUGGAGAGCGGAGCGAGCCAUCCCUUUAGAGAGGCUACCGAGGACGAACUCCAAGAUGCCACCCAAGUUACAGUCCAGUUAGCUGGAGGGCGUGAAGCGGUCCUGGCACAAGGCAAGAGCGGCACCUUACUUACCAGGAAGACCAAGGACGACUGUUCAUCGCCGAUUGUUCCGUUGGGAGCGUUGGUACAGGAGUUAGGGUGUCAGGUGACAUGGUCCCGGCGCGGGGGACUUGUGAUACGGCACCCCGAUCACGGGGUUAUUCGCCCGAAGAUGAUAGGACGAUGUCCGGUCGUCGCCGAGUCCCAGGCACUUGAGUUGAUACACGAGAUUGAGUGCCGGAAGCUGCAAUCGUUGGAGAAUGCGACAAGGGCAACGGCGAAGGCGUUGUGGAUGUGGGACGUCAAAAAGAAGUGGGCGCAACACCUCAGCGACUUUGUUGGCACUGGUGGACGUGUUUCCCAACUCGCGGCUAUGUCAUCGGAGGGAUCGCCUUUUAUCCAGUGGACAGACUUGGAGAAGUCCCUUAUUGCCGAGAACGUUGAGCUCACAGACAAAGCAGGGUGGAGCCUCGACCCUGCGUUCUUGGAGCUUGAUGAUGGCAAGGUGUUGGUUCAAGUGGAUAUCAACCGCAGCAAGGCCGAGGACAUGAACAUGGUUUCCGGUGUUUAUCGUGCUUUGUUGUGGGCUGCGGCUACUGGAAGGGUUAGUGGGAUCUUUGGGAGCCCGCCGACCAAGCCUGAGCUCUUACAGAAGAUGAUGUGGCUGGCUGUGGUGUCAAAGGCCGCUAGGGCAGUUUAUGGAGGUCAGCCUGUGUUUGUGAUGGUUGAGGGUCAGUCGGUGUUGAAGUUGGCAAAGUGUGGGGGCCUGGAUCGUUGGACUUCGGUGUUUUCUACGCGGGAGGCUUUCCUGGAGGCUGCCUGUCUUGAAGAGGUGGAGGACAACCUGGUGACGAAUAUGAAGAUGAGGGAACCCCUACCGAAGGCUACCGAUGGCAGCUUGGCUUGGACCUACGAUUUCAAGCGAGCUGUUGUGGAGGCUAUCCAGAAAUGGGAACGUGAGCAAGAGGCUUUGCAAGUGGUUAAGUGGAUGAAGAAACUGGAUGUGGACCGGGAGAAGUUUUUGGAGGGCUUCACGGACAAGGAGUUGGAGAUGUGGCGCACUCAUGUUCGUCUUCAGCUACCGGAAGAGCGCAUCGGUGCUUAUUGCUUGAGCCUUGAUGUCGCUGGGCCGUUUUGGGUCAAGGCAAAGGAUCCGAACCACAAGGACUAUCGCUACCUGUUGGUUGGUGCUUACGUACUACCCCGACAACCUUCUGAACCACGACCAGAGUCGCAUGAGCCACCGGGUGAACCUUCUGAACUAUACGACCAGAGUCGCAUGAGCCACCGGGUGAACCUUCUGAACUACGACCAGAGUCGCAUGAGCCGCCUAGAGAACCUUCUGAACUACGACCAGAGUUGCACGAUGUACCAGAGCUCUGUGAUGAAGACAAGGAUGAUGAUGGUACAGGUGUUGGGAUUGUCGCAUUCGACGACGGUGACACAGUUGAUGAUGGAGGAGUUUGAGAGAAUCUAUAACGAGGUUGGUGUGGAGCUUGUCUAUAUAGGGCUCGAGAGCUCCGUGUGGAGCCGCUGCGACGAUGGCUUCUGGAAAAGGGGGUCUUUGGUAACCUACACUGAGGGCCAGGCGCCUCAGGCGAACGGCCGAGCUGAGGCCGCAGUGAAAUGGACCAAGGCAGCUGUGAAGAGGUUGCUAGCAUCGUCCGGACUUGGCAAGGAGAACUGGGCGAUGGCUGCGGGAUACGCUGCUCAAUGUCAACUUGAAAGAGUCCUGAAGCAAUCAACGUCUACGUUGCCUUUUGGGACGAAGGUGCAUGUGCGAUCCAAGGUGUAUGGGACCGGGGGACGCUAUGACUUGGACUCCAGAUGGAAGGCAGGAUGCUAUGUGGGCCCGAGUCUAGAUGUUCGUGGGGGCCAUGUGGUGUUGCUGGAGAAUGGUGCUUACAUGACCUCAACUCACCUUCGGCCGUAUUUGGUGGAGCCUGAUAAGGUUGUUGAGUUGGACGAGUACGAGCUCUUGCUUCCUAUGCCCACGAGGCGCCUCAGAACAAAGGCAGGGGCCAGGGAUUUGGAUCCUGCAACAGUGCCGGGUGAGCUUUCUUUGAAGUACGACCCCGAGCAUCCAGCUGAGCAGUACGCUAUGAGGCUGCUGAGUGAGGAAGUGCUAACUCCAGACCAAUGUGAAAUUCUGGCGUUGAUGUUACCCUCUACAACAGCAGUUCCCAGCCGAUUUGGACCGCAGAAUGCUUCUCAAAAGGUCUGGAGCGUUGGAGCCUUUGUUCAUGGAGGUGUUGCUGGAGUGAAAACUGCGACGGCUGCUUUCCCGGCGAGUACCAGGGUGUUUGUGAAGUAUGUGAAGCAACUGCAACCCGAUCACCAGUUCAAUGCUAUCGCGGUUACAACAGAUGUGGGUGCACAACAACAUGUGGAUGCACACAAUGUUGGGAUGAACUUGAUUGCGGGCCUGUCGUACUUCAAGGGUGGCGCGUUGGAGGUUGAAGAGCCAGAGGGGAAGAGGCUUUUGCCUUUGGAUGGAGAUCACACCCACCAGCUUUUUGACCCUCGCUUAAAGCACUCAACGAAGUCCUGGUAUGGAGGAUCCAGGGUUGUGUUGAUAGCCUACUCUGUCCGGGACAGUGGCAAGCUCUUGCAGAACAAGGCCGAUUACCUGAAGGAUUUUGGCUUCACGUGGACCCCUCACUUGUCAAGACCUCGUGGUGAGGAGGAGGGUGCGAGACUGAGCGUUCUACGUGUGGGCUUGUUGGAAGUAGCACAAGAGCGUGAUGUCCCAGAACAACCUCGAGAUUCUCCAGAACAAGAGGGCACAGGUGGGGGCGUUUUAGAUGAUCAGGAGCCAGAUAUUCGUGCAGAUCCGGAUCGUGAGCUUAGUCAUGAUGGCGUUGAUGCUCCGGGGUCCUUGUCCUACUUGACAGAGGAUAUCGAGCUUGUGAUAGGGGACCUUGAGGAUAUUCGUGAUCUGCUUGAGGAGGAGGAGAUCAUGUGUGAAGAGUAUCGUCGAACGAGUCAAGCAACACGUGGGGUGCUCACAGACGCCCGGGAUCAGAUUUGUGCUUUCUUGGAGGGUGUCCAUGAGGAGCUUGUUGAGCUUGAGCGUAAGCGAUCUACUACGUGUUUGAAGGCAGCGAAGAUAUCUACGACAAGUGCUUCGUCUGAUCAGAUUGACUACGAGGUGAAGCGCAACCUUUCAAGGUGGGUCGAUGCUAUUCGCAAAGAAGUGAACGCUUUGAUCGAGUCAGGGACCCUGAGGCGCAUCAGCCUUGCAGAAGCCAAGCAGUUGGAGAAGGACUCCAGGGUGACGUUCGCGCCUGCCAAGUGCGUGUUCACGCUCAAACCGCCGCUGGAGGCGGGCAAGCGAGCCCGUAGGAAGUGUCGGGUCGUGAUGUGUGGGAAUCACGUCCGUGAUAACCUGGAAUUCGGCGACCUAUACGCGUCAGGAACCUCCUCUGACGCGCUACGAGUGUCGCUAGUUAUAGCGGCCUUGAGAUGCUGGCUUGGAGCGGUUAGCGACAUUACUGGAGCUUUUCUGUUGGCCAAUUGGCCUCCGGACCUCCCCAAGUACGGCAUCUACCCGCCUAGAGUUGUGAAGGACUCCGGUGUGACGGAAGCAGAAGCAUGGAUUGUGGAACGUCCAUUGUAUGGUUUGAGGGAAUCCCCGAGGAUUUGGAGUUUGUAUCGCAAUGAAAGAUUGAGGCGUGCGAGAAUCAGGGUGGGUGAGAUGAUCGUCAUUCUACGACCUACAGUUGCAGAACCGGAGCUGUGGAUGAUUUUAUGUGAGGUCACGGGUACUAUGCAUGGACUUAUUGUCCUCUACGUCGACGACAUCGCCUAUUUCUCGACGAAGGAAAUUAUUGUGGCUAUCCAUGACUUCAUCACACAGGAAUGGCCAGCAUCACCCUUGGAGUGGAUCUCAGGCGAUGAUCCGGUGAGGUACCUUGGUGUUGAAAUCCGGAAAGAACCUCGCACAACGGAGGAUGGGCGGGCCUCAUGGGUCUACACCAUCGGACAAGGGGCCUACGUGCAAGACUUGUUGAGGGAGCACAAUAUGAUGGAGGUACAGCCUACAAGUUUGCCGGCACCGAAGGAGUGGAUUGAUGAGGCGGAAUCCUGUGACGAUGUCGAGGGCGACUACGAGGAGACUACGCUGAAGUUGGCUCAGAAGCACGUUGGAGAGUGCCUGUGGCUAGCUACGAAGACGCGUCCUGACAUAAUGUUUGUCACGACGCAUGCAGCCAGUUUGGUUUCCAAAAGACCGUCCUAUGUUAUUCGUUUGAGCAAAAGGGUUCUGGCUUAUCUGGCUGGGACGGUGGAUCUACGAAUGACAAUGGGUCCCGUCAAAGAGGAGGAUGCUAUGGAGUUGGUGGUUACGCGCCGUAUGGCCGACGGUCGUUUGGGGUGUACGCUGCUCAAGUCGGUGCAAGCUUUGGUGACUGAGCUUUUUCCUACAGCUUUGACUUGUGUUUUGGCGGUGGACAACACCUCGGCAGCAGCAAUGCUGGCGGGAGGAGAUGAAGCUCAAGAUCCUUGCAGCUUUGAUGGUGAGAAUCCUUCGUUGUCGAAGACGGAGGCUCAAGGCGAAGAGGCUGGAGCAGGUGUCCCAGUUCGCGUCAGCCGCUGCAAGGAGAGAGAUUGCAACUACAACAACGGAUCGGGAAGCUACGAGAUCGGUGAGGAGGAGGACUACAACCCGGACGAGAAGCCGCUCCUCCACUCCCAUAGCUCCUAUGACUCCACCUACAACAAGGGUUUCCACCCCUCCGAGAACGAUGAGCGCUACGAGUACCCCGAGCAUUCCUCGAGGUCAAGACCUACAGCAAGGUUUGCAGGAGCAGACACUUUACAGCUGAUGACGUGCGAAGAUUUGAGAUCCGCUUUGAGGCUGGAAGGGAUGCCGGUGUCAGGUGUUAAGAGCGACCUGGCGGAGAGGCUUGUGCACAAAUUGGCGGCUUCAGAUGUUACCAGCAAGCAGUUUCGCUACGUGCUUUACUUGUGGCGAUUGAAGUCCUUGAACUUCAAAUGCAAGCUACAGUGGGAGGAUAUCAACAGCAAGUGCCGGAUUUCAAUGUGGAUCUCCACAUGGAAGGGUGCAUGA